AUGGCUACAUCCUUGGGCAAAAGAAUUGUCUUCACGGGGGGUUCGGGAAAAGCUGGACGACACUGCAUUCCAUAUCUGCUGAACAAAGGACAUCAGGUUCUGAAUCUGGAUCUGGUGGACUUCCCAAAAGACCACAUCCCUCCUGGAAAGAGCGUAUACACGAUGAAAACAGAUCUGACUGACGGCGCUCAAGUCUUCAAUGCAUUGUCGUCGUUAUUCUCGAUGAGCGAGUUCAGCCUGCCGAAGCAUCCUGGUCCUCCCGAUGCUGUCAUCCACUUUGCGGCAUAUGCCCGAAACAUGAUCGUUCCAGAUAGCGAGACUUUUCGAGGCAACGUCAUGAGCACAUACAAUGUGAUCGAGUCUGCUUGCAAAUUGGGUGUCAAGAAGAUUGUUAUAGCCAGCAGCGAGACAACCUAUGGCGUUUGCUUCACACAGGGAGACGAUGACUACCAUUCCUUCCCUCUUGAUGAGGAAACUUACGAUCGCAAUCCGGAAGAUACGUACGCCUGCAGCAAGCUGACUGGGGAGCGGAUUGCGCGGACUUUUGCCCGCCGGUUCAAUAUCGACAUCUACGCUUUGGUGAUCGGCAAUGUGAUUGAACCACACGAGUACGAGAGGGAUUUCCCCCGACACGUGGGCAAGCCAGAAACGAGGAAAAGAAAUGCCUGGAGCUAUAUUGACGCUCGGGACCUCGGUCAGAUUUGUGACUUGUGUGUUGCGAAGAGCGGACUCGGCUUCCAGGUCUUCAAUGCAACCAACGACACUAUUACAACGGCAGUGCCGACAGAGGAGUUUUUGAAGAAGCACUGUCCCAACACGCCAAUUACGCGGAAGAUGGGGGAGUGGGAGGCGCCGCUCUCAAACAAGAAAAUCCGAGAUGUCUUGGGAUUUCAGGAUGUCCACGAUUGGAGAAAGUAUUACACUCACAAGGAGUAA